AUGUGGAAUGACUGGCAGAGACUGAACUGGACUGUUCGCAAAGAUGAAAUUGCGGGCCCUGACACUAUGUGGGCAUAUCCAUGGAACUACUUUGGCGACAUUCCGUAUCAAAACAUCACUCUCAAUACCACUCUGUCAUAUGGUCCUCUUAGCCCCACUAUCAAUAUCGGCCAGGUAAUGGAUAUAUCACGCGUAGAUCUGGGAGCAGACGAAUAUGCUUGA